UUAAGUAUUCGAUCUCUGUUUAUACGUAAAUGCCUUUGUGACAUAUUUGUGAACUACAUUGUUGAUAUUUGAAAAGUAUCCUUUAUUAUUAGUACCCAGAAAAGUCAGCGAGACUCUUAUUUGAAAGAACUUGAAAAAUUUGCCAAAAGAGACAACACUUUUAUUGACUGAGGUUAACGUAGAGAAAGCUAAAUCAAAAUGACAGAAGAUUUUGGAAGAGACACACCACCAUAUACAACGAACGAAGAAACAAAAACUGCUGGACAACCACUUUCUGACUUUUUAUUGCAACUCGAGGAUUAUACGCCAACGGUACCAGAUGCUAUCAGUGAACAUUACUUGCAUACUGCUGGUUUUAAUACAACGGAUCCCAGAAUAGUAAGAUUGGUUUCAUUAGCCGCACAGAAAUUUAUAUCUGAAGUAGCGAACGAUGCUCUGCAACAUUGUAAGACACGUGGAGCUAACCAAAAUACAAAAACAAAGGGAAAGGAUCGCCGUUACACCCUAACCAUGGAAGAUUUGACACCGGCAGUUGCAGAAUAUGGCAUCAUAGUUAAAAAACCGCAUUAUUUUGUUUGAUUCAAAGUAGCACCUCAAUUCAUCUAUUUUUAUUUACGAAUCGUCUUCAGUUAACAUUCUUUGCGCAUAUAUGGAAUAAAUUUCUAAUUUACGAUAA